CGGCCAUCAGUCGUCCGUAAGUCUCAGGUUUGCACGCAGCAUCCCGUCGCGUUAUCCCGUUGUGACAGUUAAAUCACGAUAAAAACGAUUUAAUACAAUGAUAAAAUCUAUUGCUGUAUAAAGGUAUUUAAAAUUUAACAAAAUGAUUAAAAAACCAUCGGUGAUUGCUCUUGUCUGUUCUUUGCUAUAUCUUUUCGGCAUAUCGGGACAGCCUUUUCCUGUCGAAAAAAUUGCUGUUGGUGCAAUUUUCGAUCAAGACACCGAGGAGAUUCAAAAUGUAUUCAAGUAUGCGAUGGCAGUCCACAAUCAGAACAUCAGCACCCGCCGUCUUGAACUGCAAGCUUUUGUGGAUGUCAUCAAUACAGCUGAUGCCUUUAAGUUAUCAAGGCUAAUUUGCAACCAAUUUGCAAGAGGCGUCUUCUCCAUGCUGGGCGCUGUCAACCCGGAAUCAUUUGAUACACUUCACUCGUACACUAACACAUUUCAAAUACCAUUCGUUACCCCAUGGUUCCCCGAGAAGGUUAUUCCUCCAUCAUCCGGUUUAAUUGACCAUGCCGUGAGCAUGCGGCCCGACUACCACAAAGCAAUAAUUGACAUCAUUAUCCACUACGGAUGGAAAGAAAUUAUAUAUGUGUACGACUCCCAUGACGGUCUAUUGCGCUUGCAACAACUGUAUCAAUCUAUGGAGCCAGGGCGAGCCAAAUUCAAGAUAACUCUGGUGAAGCGCGUUAACAACGCAGCAGAAGCCAUAGAACUCCUCUUAGGGGUGGAAGAAAAUGACAGGUGGAGCAGUAAGCGAAUACUUCUGGACUGCAAUGCAAAAAAUACAAAGAGCAUCCUUGUGGAACACGUGAGAAAGGUGGAACUGGGACGUAGAACGUACCAUUACUUGCUCACUGGUUUGGUUAUGGACGAUCGAUGGGAGAAUGAGGUUACGGAAUAUGGCGCUCUGAAUAUAACCGGAUUCCGCGUCGUGGAUCACGGACGGAGGGUUGUGAAGGAGUUCAUUGAGGGUUUGAAGAGGAUGGAUCCACGCUUCAAGGGGACUAUAUCAGCUCAAACAGCGCUGAUGUACGACGGCGUUCAAGUUUUAAUGGACGCGCUCGGACGUCUGUAUAGAAAGAAACCUGAUUCAUUUAGAGCCGCCUUGAGAAGAGCAGCAACAUUAGCCAACUCUACCAAAGUAAUUGAUUGCAAUCCUGGCAAAGGAUGGGUUGUUCCUUUCGAGCACGGAGACAAAAUUUCACGACUCAUUAAAAAGACGGAUAUCGAGGGUCUAACCGGAAAUAUAUCAUUCAAUGAAGAGGGACACCGCUGUAAUUUCACUCUCCAAAUUGUUGAAAUGACAGUUCAGAGCGCAAUGGUUAAAGUUGCAACUUGGUCAGACAGAGGCGGUCUAAAAAUGUUGUUACCGAAACUGACUGACCUAUACACGCCAACUUCGUUCGACACAAAUAAAACCUACACCAUUACGACAAUCCUACAAGAGCCCUAUUUAAUGUUAGCCCCAAAAGAAAACGGACAAAGAGAGGAACUAUUCCAUGGAUUUUGUAAGGAUCUCGCUGAUUUUAUCUCGAAUAGACUGGGAAUAAAAUAUCAAAUAAAAAUAGUCGCCGACGGUCAAUUCGGAAGUGAAACGCCUAAUGGUUGGACUGGGCUUGUUGGAGAAGUUCUAAAAAAGGAAGCUGAUUUCACUCUGGCUCCAUUAGCAAUAACACCUGAAAGAGAGAGAGUAGUAGAUUUCACUGAACCAUUUUUAUCUGUUGAAAAUCCGAUUAUACAGACAAAGACGGCCAAACAAGUCGGCGAUACAUUUAGCUUUUUACGGCCUUUAUCUAAGGAAAUAUGGCUUUGCGUUAUAUUCAGCUUCUUCGCAGUGAGCAUCGUUCUGUUUCUCGUAUCGAGGUUUUCACCACAUGAAUGGAAAUCUGUUUCCAUAUCAGACACGCAGUUGGAUCAUCCUGUUAGCAGUACUAAUGAGAUAAUAUUGCACAACGAGUUCAGUAUCUGGAAUUCCUUCUGGUUCUCCUUGGGUUCGUUCAUGCAGCAGGGGAGCGAUGUGGUUCCUAGAUCUCUAUCCGGACGUAUUGUGGGAACUGUCUGGUGGUUCUUCGCUCUGAUAUUAGUAUGUUCCUACACGGCCAAUUUAGCUGCAUACCUUAUCAUUGAGCGCAUCACGGAGCCCACUCAAUUCCUCACCUAUAGUUCGAAGAUAAAUUUCGAAAGUCAAUUCCUUCAAAAUAACGACUUUGUCAAGGAUCCGGAAGUGGUCAACGAUCCCCCUUACACUAUUGACAGUCGAUAUGAAAGAUCAUGCCUAACACCACCAAUAUGCCGAUACAAACACGUUGACUUCGGUAUUGCGGUUGCAAAAGGAUCCAGUAUCACGGAGUCACUGAACCUCGUCAUAGUCGAAUUGAAAAAUGACGACGUCAUCAUGAAACUUUGGCAUAAAUGGUUGUUGUAUAUUAACAAACCCUUAUGUGAAAACAACGAUGAUAAGGAAUCGGAAAUAUCAGAGAUGUCGCUAAGUCAAGUUGCGGGAAUAUUCUACGUGCUAGUUGGUGGGCUGGCUUUAGCACUUGGCGUUGCUUUAUUGGAGUUCUGUCACCAUGGACGAAGCCAGGCGUUGCGCAGUAACGUGUCUUUAAGGACUGCAUUGAAGGCUAAAACAAAGACACCGUCGCGUACUGAGAGGAAGACACCUCAAAGGUCCCGAGACCAGGACAGGCUUGGAUGGAAUGGCGCUGCAUUUGGUGGUUACUUCCCUGCUGCUGGAAACCAGACCUCCCAGGACGAUGCUGUACAUGCCAGUUUCACGCAUGUCUGAUCCGAGAAAAGCGGCGUUUCCAGCCGCCGCGCGUCUAUCACUAAGCAGCCGAACAACAUCGACCUCUAUCAACUUUAAAGCCUUGCAGCAAGAACUUAAAUCUGGCUUGUAAUUAAAAAUUGAUUUUGUGACUUCAUUUGUAAAACAUUUAAAAUUUUCUUUUAAAAUUGGUGGUCCUUAAAUGACAUCAUUGGAGUUCGUAAUUGCUCCGGGAUGAUGAAAUUGAUAAUUAUUUUGUUGUAAUUAAAUAGUGAAUUUGUGACUAUGUACGUCAUUUGUAAAACAUUUAAAAUUUGCUUUUAAAUUUGGUUUGCCUUAAAUGACAUCAUUGGAGUUCGUAAUUGCUCCGGAAUUAUGAAAUUGAUAAUUAUUUUGUUGUAAUUAAAUAGUGAAUUUGUGACUUCAUUUGUGAAACAUUUAAAAUUUGCUUUUAAAUUCGUUGGUCUUAAAUGACCAUUGGAGUUCAUAAUUGUUCCGUAAUAAUGAAAUUGAUAAUUAUUUUGUUAUAAUUAAAUAGUGAAUUUGUGACUUCAUUUGUGAAACUUUUAAAAAUUUCUUUCAAAAUUGGUGGUCCUUAAGUGACACCAUUGGAGACCGUAUAUGAUCCGAGUCAAAUAAACAGCAAAAGCUAAAGCUAUUAAAUAUUUUGUCUUAAAUUUAUCUUCAAAGAAACAAGACAAAAUAACGUAAUAGCUUCUAGUUUCUUCUUAAAUAUUUAGUGUGUAAUGUUAUUGAAUAAAUAUUAUAAUAAUUGGAGUUGUAGAGGGCUCUCUCGGAAACGCAAGUUAUCCUUAAAUGACACCAUUGGAGACCGUAAUUGCUCCGGGAUAAUUAAAUUGAUAAUUAUUUUGUUGUAAUUAAAUAGUGAAUUUGUGAAAUUUUUAAAAUUUGCUUUUACAUUUGGUUGGCCUUAAAUGAUAUCAUUGGAGUUCGUAAUUGCUCCGGGAUAUUGAAAUUGAUAAUUAUUUUGUUGUAAUUAAAUAGUGAAUUUGUGACUUCAUUUGUGAAACUUUUAAAAUUUGCUUUUAAAAUUGGUGGUCCUUAAGUGACACCAUUGGAGACCGUAAAUUAUCCGAGUCAAAUAAAUAGCAAAAGCUAAAGCUAUUAAAUAUUUCGUCUUAAAUUUAUCUUGACAAAAACGAGACAAAAUAACGUAAUAGCUUCUAGUUUGUCCUUAGUAUUUAGUGUGUAAUGUUAUUGAAUAAAUAUUAUAAUAAUUAGAUUUGUAAAGGGCUAUUUCUGAAACACAAGUAAAAUAAUAUUCAUAACUCGUAAAGCAAAAGCCGCACAUGUAGUUUCAGAUUAAGAGACUCCUGCGUCAAACCACUUAUUCCACCUAAUAAAUGUAUUUCGUCAGAGUUAGUACGGGUUUCAUCGAAUAAACAUAAAUUACUUUUACAUUGUGAAUCUCCGAAUUCAAUUUACUUGUACUCAAUCGUCACUGCCAUUUUAAGUACCAUACGGCAUACGUCAAUCAGUUAAGGUUUAAAUUCCUUUUUACUAUAUUUAUUAUUCAAUCUUAAUAAUGUAAGCUGUUCCCUUAUGCUACGUACAGUCAACUUGUAACAAUAAGUUUUGUAUAUUUUUGGUAUCUCAGCAAUUGUGUUUAGUUUUAAAGGUUUAUUUGAUUUAACGGGAAAGAGUACCAUACAUAAUUUUUGUCUAUGUUCAAGUAUAGCUCCACC